GUUUAUCCUGGGCGGCUGACGUCACUGCCAGGCGUCCGUCGGCACGUCGGCUGGGCCUUCGGCGGGCUUUUCAGGGAUAAAGAUGGCUAUGGCUAGCGAUUUCUACCUGCGCUACUAUGUAGGGCACAAGGGCAAGUUUGGACACGAGUUUCUGGAAUUUGAGUUUCGGCCGGACGGAAAACUUAGAUAUGCUAACAACAGCAAUUAUAAAAAUGAUGUCAUGAUCAGAAAGGAGGCUUAUGUACACAAGAGUGUAAUGGAAGAACUGAAGAGAAUUAUUGAUGACAGUGAAAUUACAAAAGAAGAUGAUGCUUUGUGGCCUCCCCCUGACAGGGUUGGCCGGCAGGAGCUUGAAAUUGUAAUUGGAGAUGAACACAUUUCUUUUACCACAUCAAAAAUAGGUUCUCUUAUUGAUGUUAAUCAGUCAAAGGAUCCUGAAGGCCUUCGAGUAUUUUACUAUUUGGUACAGGACCUGAAAUGUUUAGUUUUUAGUCUUAUUGGAUUACAUUUCAAGAUUAAACCAAUCUAAAUUGUAUGUUUUUUGAAACUGUGUUUAUAUUUAAUUAAGGGAUGGGUAUGGGAGGGUUCGUCAUUUAUGAUAUUGGGGUUUUUAUGAAUGUGAAGCAAGCUUUUUUUUUUUUGCGGUACGCGGGCCUCUCACUGUUGUGGCCUCUCCCGUUGCGGAGCACAGGCUCUGGACGCGCAGGCUCAGCGGCCAUGGCUCACGGGCCUAGCCGCUCCGCGGCACGUGGGAUCUUCCCGGACCGGGGCACGAACCCGUGUCCCCUGCAUUGGCAGGCGGACUCUCAACCACUGUGCCACCAGGGAAGCCUGUGAAGCAAGCUUUUUUUGUAUGCAAAUUGAAAAUAAGAAAAUACAUAAACAGGCUUAAUGGUUAUCUUCACUUGGGUCCAAGUGGAUUGGACAGUCCCCACACACAUUAAAUUCUGUAAAUAAAAGCCACCUUUAUUGAAAUUUUGCAAUAAAACAUAUCAAAGCCUG